AUGGCCGACGAAGAGGACCCGUAUGCGCUCUCAUCGUCCGACACCGACGACGAAGCGCCGAAGAAGCCGAUCAAAAUCGAGGGCCGAACCGGCGAUUUGAAGCAGCUCAAAUCGGCACUUUUCGAGAACAAGGGUCCCGCGAGGGACGAGGCUCGCGACGAGGAGCUCGCCGCGUUGAAGUUGGCCAACGAGCAGCUCAAAAAAAUGAAAGAGGGCUUCGAGACGGGCACCGUGCAUAAUAUUGAGAAUGAGGACGAUGAGACGAGAAUCGCACGAUUGGAAGAAAGGCAAAAACUCACCGAAAUUGGAAAAGAGAAAUACUCAAAAUUCAAGACGAAAUUCGAGAACAUCGACAACGAUGAGGAUUUGGAGGCGCGUCUGAAGCGAAUCCAACGCGAGGAGAUCAGCGGCGUCGGCAAAGCGACGCUGACAUCGGCGAAACAACGUUUCGAGAGCGGCGAGAGCGACGUGAUCAUCGAGAAGACAAAAGUCGAAAUCGAGCGAAGCGCGGAUCUCGGCAAAAUGAAGGCGGCGUUCAUUCAGGGCGACAACAAGACGGAAGAGAAGCGCAACUGCUGCAUUUGCGAGAAGAUCGUGUAUCCGACGGAAAAAAUUUCGGCCAACAAGAAUCUGUAUCAUAUUCAGUGCUUCAAGUGCUGCAAGUGCGCCAAAAAGCUGACAGCCACAAAUUUCAAUUCGCACGAGGGCAAAUUGUUGUGCAAGGUGCACAUGCUCGAGGUUUUCCAUCCCGAAUUGGCCAAAACCAUGGAUCCCGCCAAUACCGAAGAGGACGAGCGUCAGACGUCCGACGACGAGGAGUUCGCCGUCUCGAGCAAACCGAAACAAUUGCACGGCGUCGUGAAAUCCGGCGCGAUCGCUGUUCACGACGAGCUCGCGCAGCUCAAAUCGCUCAAAGAGAAAAAGGGCGAUUUCGAGUCGUCGUGCAAAGAGGCCGAGACGAUCGAGAGAAAAACCCAGAUCGACAACGAGCUUCUCGCCGCUGGAAAAGUUAAAGCCAAUGCUGAAAGAUUCGUGUCGGGAGCCGCACUUGACGCCAAAAGCGACGACGACGACAGCGAGAGCAUCGAACGCGAUCCGAACAUCGUUCGACAUUCGAAGAAGGCGGCGCGCGAGACGCUGAAGUUCGACGCCGUCGGCGACAUCAAAAAUAAAUGGAAGGCGGGCAACGUGGAGACGGCCGAGUUUCGCGAGGCCGCCGAACGCAAAGAGCUCGAGAUGCUCAAAGGCGGACCGUCGGUGAAGGAGCGAUUCAAGGAGCGUAGCGAUGCCGACGCGACGGACGCCGUCGAGAGGAGCUGGAACAAGGACGAGCUCAACACCGCCGCAAUCGCCGAAGCUCGCAAAUCAUUCGUCGCCGGCAAUGCCUAUGAGUCGGCGAAUCCCGUCGAGAAGACCGCCAAAGAUCUCGACGAGCUCAAAUUCACACAGCUGAAAGGCGUCAAAGAGAGAUUCGAGAAGGGCGACGACGACGGCGGCGACGGCGAGAACGACGCGCACAAGACGACCGUCGAUUUGGGCGGCGGCGGCGUCCAAUUGGGCAGCAUCAAGGCGACGUUCGAGAAGGGCGCCGUCGAUGAGCCGACGAUGACCGACGCCGACGAGCGUGCCGAAUUGAAGAAGCGCGAAAUCGAGGCCGAAUUCCAGAGGUACAAGUUGGCGCGAAAAGCGGCGAAAGCGCAAGAGGAGGCCGAGAACGCCGACGAGAACGCCGACGUCGGAACAAUCAAGCAUCGAUUCGACGGCGGCGAGGCGUUCAAGGCGGCGUCGACCGAUGGCAAAACGAUCGAUGUCGAGGUGAAAAUGGCGGGCAAAGCGCGCCAAAAGUUUUUGGAGAUUGACGCGAGCGGCGGCGCCGCGCCGGUGGCGCCACAACCCCAGAAAAAGGCCGAGCCGAGCAAAUGGGACAUCGAGAAGAAGCCGAUGGCGGAGGUGAUCAAUCGGCGAGUUGUCGAUGAUGACGACGAUGAUGAGAAUGAUGACGACGACGCGUUUGACGUCAAGAAUCUGAUGAACAAAUUCAAGAAUAUUGGGGCGAGCAGCGAGCAGGUGAAAACGAGCAGCGAACACCGCGCCGAGCUCGAAUCGCUCAAGACCGCCGCCAAAGACUUCAAGGCGAAGUUCGAGAAGCACGCCGAUGAGUCGGAUGCGGCCGCCGAAGCUCGCCGUCAGCAAAUGGAGGCUGAAUUUGAAAUAAUGAAAAAGGAACGCGAGGAAGCGCAGAGGAAGCUCGAGGAGGAGCGUCUCGCCGAGGCGUCACAAUCGCAAUCAACGGAGGCGCGCGACGAGGAGGUGGCGAUAAAGCAAAAGGAGGCGAAAAAAGCGGAAAAAAGUCGAAUGCCCGAGAAGAAGAGCGGAGCGAGAUUUUGUGUGCCGCCGCCGGAACGAUGCGAUUUGUGCGCGAAAAACGUGUAUCGCGCCGAGCAAUUCCAAUGCUUCGGCCUUCUCUUUCAUGUCAACUGCUUUCGAUGCGGCGAGUGUCGUCAGCCAUUGAGAGUUGAAAAAGCGCAUCGUUCGAAAGAUGGUGAACUUUAUUGCGUUGUUCAUUUCAAGCUAAUCGAGGAGAAAAAAAAGCGCAAAUUCAUAGUGAAUACGGAGGACAAUAAUAAUAACGAGGAAGUGGGAAUCGAAGUCGCCGAUUGUUAA